AUGGAGGAGCAAAUGUACGGAGUGCCGUCGACGGCGGAGUACUCAGACGAGGCGUUGAUGACACCGGAUAAUUUGAUAUACCCGGCGGAAUACAACAGCUUCCUGAUGUCUUCCUUCGGUCGGAUUCCGAUAUUCGGAUCCGACGAGUUGCUCUCCGCCGCCGCAGUCACCGUCGCCGCCGAACCCUCGUCCAACAAUAUCACUCCCGAAAUUCAGCGCCACCACUACACCUCCUGCGUCACCAAAGCCAAAAUCGCUUCUCACCCUCACUACCCUCGCCUCCUCCAAGCUUACAUCGAUUGCCAAAAGUUGGGAGCGCCACCAGAAAUUGCGUGUUUGUUGGACGAAAUCCGGCGAGAAAAUGAUCUGUGCACGAAGCACGUGGUUUCCACGUGCUUUGGAUCCGAUCCCGAGCUCGACGAUUUCAUGGAAACCUAUUGUGACAUGCUGGUGAAAUAUAAAUCUGAUCUGACGCGGCCGUUUCACGAAGCAACUACCUUCCUUAACAAGAUCGAAACGCAGCUCAGCGAUCUCUGCACUGGUGCUUCCGUUACAACCGUUUCCGAUGAUGCGGGUGUAUCUUCGGAAGAGGGUUUUAGUACUGGAGAUGGUGAUACUGAAUAUGGUAAAUUCCGGGGUGAAGAUCCAGAGCUGAAGGAUAGGCUUUUACAUAAGUUUGGAAGUCAUAUUGGUAAUUUGAAAUUGGAGUUUUCAAAGAAGAAAAAGAGAGGUAGGCUAUCGAAAGACGCCAGGCAAACACUGCUUCAAUGGUGGAAUGUUCACUACAGAUGGCCUUACCCAACGGAAGGUGAUAAGAUUGCACUGGCUAAGUCAACUGGGCUAGACCAGAAGCAAAUCAAUAAUUGGUUUAUUAAUCAAAGAAAGCGUUACUGGAAUCCAUCUGAGAAUAUGCAGUUUUGUAUGAUGGAUAAUCUGACCGGACGGUUACUUACUGAUGAAUGA